UUGAUAUGGCUGAAGAAAAUUUUGUUUCAAGUAAUUGGGAGGAAAAAAGAUCAUUUUGAGGAAAUCAGUGGAUUUUUUUUAAUGACUGACAUAUUUUCCUUGGAAUUAAUGAGCUAACACGUGCAGAAAACUAAGUUGGUUUUUAAUUAAUUUCAUUGAAGUACAUAUAUGUUAGUUUAAAAUGAACUGUUUUUAGCUCGUGAAUGAUAGGAUUUUGCUGAUCUAAGGAAUAAAGGAGUGUUUCUAUUCACUGCUACAAGAUUACAACAAAGCAUCGUCUGCCACCAGACAGUUUAAUUUGAAGCAAGAAAAACCGCCACCCCUUCAUCAUCAGCAGAAGCACAUCCCAUAAUUCGCGGAGACUCGUCACUGAAUAUUGGAGAAAAGCGAUUCACGCUCUCAAUAGCUUCCUGUGCGAACACACAUAGGCUUGGCUGGUCUGCUUGAGAGAGAGACUGCGACAAGGCCCACUCUCUCGUUCCACGGAAUGGACGAUACAGCAGAGUCCCAGCUUCAAGGUCUUAAUUUACAAGGUGUAAAACAAACUAAUGGAGUGGAAUAUAUGAAUGGCGAUGGAAUGAAUUCACCACAGAAAAUGGAUGACUUUGAGGCUCAGUUUCAACCUGUCCCUGCAGGCAAAGCUGCCUCAGGAUUAGACCCCAAUGCUAGUCCCUUUGAACCUUCAGGUCAACAUAGUGAUUUAUUAGGUUUGGAAACAAGUGACCAGACAGUGCCCUCUGGUGAAAACAUGGCCGCUGCCCCUGACCCACAACCUCCAGCAAAUGAUGGAGUGUUAAUAGAUUUUAGUGGAAAAGACCAGGCAUCAUCACCUGCUCCUCCUUCCAAAGGUGAAGGGCAUAUAGACCCAUUUUCAAUGGAUGUUGGACACACAGAUUUACCCUCCUCUGAAGGAAGGCAAUCUUUACCGCAAGGUAUGGGUGUUAGUGUUGAAGGCUCAAUGGAUAAUUUUGACCAAGAUCAAGGUGCUUCUGAAAUGGAAUGUCAAUGUGAUAAUGAACCAGAAAAAAGUCUUUCGCAAAAUGUGGAUGAGUUUGCCCAUUCACAAAAUAUGAACCCUAGUCUUUCUAAUGUUCCUCAUGAUAUGAGAGAAUCAAAUCUUGCUCAAGAGGAGGAAUCUGUGCCUACGUCCCAGGAGGAUCAAAGUGCAUAUCAGCAUGUCUCAUCCCAUGAGAGAAAUUCUUUCGAUGAACAAAUUGUACCAGGAGUGUGUUCAUGUGUUGAGGAACCUGAACCAGAGGUCUCAGAAGAGGAGGAGGAAGUCAAAGAGGAGCAACAUGGUGCCCCUCAGCCUCAACAACAAACUGAGGAGGAAGAGUAUGGUGGAGAAGAUGGUGAGGAAUACUAUGAUGAUGGUUCUGAUGGUUCAUAUGGUGAGGAAGAAGGUGGAGAACAAAUGGAAUAUCAAGAAGGACAGGAUGAUGAAGAGGGUGUUGUCUAUUCAGAUGAGGAAGAUUAUACUGAUGAUGAGGAAUAUGAUGGUCCUGACAGCUACAGGGCAAGUGAGGAGCGAGAGGUAGCCUCAGACUAUGAUGGAGAGGCAAGAUCGAGUGAAGAGCAACAAGUGUCAGAAGACAUGGAGAAUGUUGCUGCUCAAACAGCACCUACAACCCAAACAGAAGUCACACAAGUGGCAGAUACACAGAAAGUUUCUCAUAUGACAGAAUCAGAUGUCACCACUGAGGAGAAAAGGGAUGAAAAGCUGAGUGAGGCAAAUGAGGCAGACAAUGGCCAUGAAGAUCAGAGAGUGAGUGAGGAGAGAGAGGAAGUUCCACUGGAUGAGGUUGAGAUGAGAAUGAAAGAGGAGAGAGAGGUUGGUUCAGAUGAAAGAGAUGCAGGUAAAAGAGAGGCCUUUGUAGUUGAUGAUAAACUUCAAGGGGAUGAAUCUGUUAAGGAGUUUGGUUUGAGUGAAAGUGAUGUGAAGGAGCAGGACAUUCAAAACAAUGAAAAGGAGGAUCAAUAUACUUAUGAGGAACAAGAGAGCUUUGAGGCUGAGAGAGAAAUUAGUGAAGAGAGAGACAUUCAAAAUGUUAUUCCCCCACCUAGUGCUGAUGAGCAUCAUGUUAUUAAAGAUACUGUUUAUGAUCAGGAAGAUGUCAAAACUGGAGAAAGACUUUCAGAAUUCAAGGAAGAUGAGAAUGAAAAAUACAUUGAAAAUGAUGAAAUAACACAAGAGGAAGUGGAUGUGGAUGAAAUUACAGUGGAAGAUAAACCUCCAGAAGUAGAGGAAAGCAAAAGUCAGGUUCCAGAUGUGAUUCUAACCACCAUGCAGGAACCUCCUGCAGAAAUCCCUGUUGAAACUCCAAAAUUGCUUGAUAUGGGUGAGAGUGAGGAGGGUGAGAUAGAAAUCCAGAGUAAUGUGAGUGAGUUUGGGUCUCAGUAUGCAGAGAUGGGAGAUGAUAGGAUGGAUGAGGAGGAAAGCAAUUUCAGCAAUGGUGACAAUGGGGAACCAAAAGAUGACUAUUAUCCCGAUGAAAGAGAGCAAGAUAUGGAGAGAGAGGAAUAUGAUCAACAAGAUGUUGAGGACUUUAUAGAACAACAAGAGAGUGAAGUGCAAAUGAAUAAAAUGGAAAACAUGGGCUUUGAUACAAACGAGAGACAAAUGGAAAUACCACAACAAAGUGAUCAAAUAGAUAUUUCUGAAGAAGAAAUUGCAUCUAGAAUAGAAGGUACUAUAAUUGUGGAUAAACCACCUGACUUUGAAGAACUUGAUCAAGAGCCACCUGAAGAGCAGCCACAUAAAGCUGAUACAUUCAUUGAGAGUGAGGGAUCAGACAUGGAAGAAAGGUCCAUCACCCCAGAUCCUGACCAGAUGAUUAAAAUGGCUUCACCAAGGAGUGAGGUGCCCCAAGAAGUCUGUGAUCCCUUGUUCCACAACAAAGAACCCUUAGUUGAGGCAGAAGAUGAGCAGUUGGAGAUUAAAGUGGAUGAACCAGAAAUUUCUGCACCCCCACCUGAUGCCAUGACAGGAUCAAUGGUCCUGGAGGAGGGGCAGACAGUUGAAGAACAUGUUCUUACAGAAUCAAGUAAGGCCAUGAUGGAGGGUUCUCUAAUAUUAGACGAAGGAGAAACAAUUGAAGAUGCCAAGCCUGCAGAAGAAGCUAAGUUUGAAGAGAGUCCUGAAAAAGAAACUGCACCCUCUAUGAGUGGUAGUGCAAUGGAAGGUUCUCUUAUAUUAGAUGAAGGGCAGACAGUUGAAGAUCAUGCUCUUACAGAAUCAAGUAAGGCCAUGAUGGAGGGUUCUCUAAUAUUAGAAGAAGGAGAAACAAUUGAGGAUGCCAAGCCAGCAGAAGAAGCUCAGUUUGAAGAGAGUCCUGAAGAUGAAAUUGCACCCCCUAUGAGUGGCAAUGCAAUGGAAGGAUCACUGAUAAUGGAUGAAGGACAGACAAUAGAUGAUCUUCCAGCUGAACAUACUUCAGUCAUGGAAGGUUCUUUCGUAAUGGAUAAAGGCCAAACUGUUGAGGAUCUUCCCACAGAGCAGGCAGGGUCUGCAAUGGAAGGUUCUUUGAUAAUGGAUGAAGGUCAGACCAUUGAUGAUUUGCCACAGCAACAGGAUGCCAUGUCAAGGUCUAUGAUGGAAGAUUCCAUUGUUAUGGGUGAAGGAGAAACUUUCGAAAAUCAAGAAAUCCCAGCUGAACACUCCGGAUCAACAAUGGAAGAUACAAAUACAUCAGAAGACAGUCAAGCCUCCCAGAAAAUGAAUGUCAUGACUGGAUCCAUGAUGGAGGGAUCCAUAGUUCUUGAUGAGGAUGAAAAAUUGGAGGACAGGUUUCCUGAAGACACCAUAUCGAAAUCUAUGUUGGAGGAGCAAGAGGCUAAAUACAGGGAGGAGGAAUCUGAACCAUAUGAGGAGGAGCAAACUUCUGAAACUUCAGGAGCAAAUGUUGUGGACGAGUCCCUUACUGAAAGCUAUACUGAGUCUCAGACAGAGGAGUCAUUGAGAAGCACAAGUAUAGGAUACAUGGAUGAGGAAACAAGGCUACAGAGGCAGACGGCACAGAACAUGGUGGAAAAUGUUCUAAAUGAUGCUAUUGAUACAGUUGAAAGCAUGCAGAGAACAGAGGAUAUCUCAGUUGAAGAAUCAUAUACUGAGAAAACUGAAAGUGGUUUCGAAGACAGUGUUCCAGAAAAAUCAGAGCAAAUUCUAGAGAGUGUAGAGGAUGCAUCUAGUGUAGAACCUUCCAUAGAAAAAACAGAGACUGCAGUGGAAGAGUCUGCAGUGGAAGAGUGUAUUCCAGACAUUUCAACUGAAGAGCCAUCUACAGAGAGAACAGAGGAGAGUGCUGUUGAAGAACCUUCAGUUGAAAAAUCUGAAGAAAGUCCUGUUGCUGAGCCUCCACCAGAAAAGGCUGAAGUGGCUGAAGAAAAGCCGAAGGAGGUGGCUGUAGAGAAAGAAACAGCCCCAGAGAAAGAGGAGAAAGCAGAACUGAUAGUCAAAACAGAUGAGGUUAAAAAGAAAGAGAAGGUGUUGAAGGAGCCUAAACAAGUUACCAAAACUGAAAAGGAUAAAAAGAAUGUCUCAGUAAGUAAAGACAUUAAAAAGGAAGUCAAAGAGAAAAAAGAAAAGCCAAAACCCAAAGCAAAAGCCCCUGCAAAAGUUGAAAGUAAACCAACAAGUGCUAAAACAGAGACUGAAAAAGCACCUGUUAAGGACAAUAAAUAUAGUCAUAUCACUAGUCGUCUAACCCAGGAUACAAGUGCUAGUCUAGCUCGUAAAACUGUGAAAAGAUCUGAGCUACUUAAACAGACCGACUCCAAACUUCCAUCUCCCGAGAAGGGAGAUGUCACAAGGCGGAGUCAGUCUGCAACUCGUCAGGCUAGGGUACCACGAAAACCCAAGGAUGUGUCCACGCCAGACGUUAAGGAAUCAUUAAUUUCACGUUCCAAGUCCACUCCUAGGCCUGGGGCUCAUAGGAAACUCAGCCCGAGUCCAAUGCGAGGCCAAGCAACCACUACCACAAGGAACGCAAGACCCACCAGACUUCUCCAGCCCAGAAAAGAUGCCCCAGCUGCUAAUGGUAUAACUUCACCCGCAAGUGGUACAGAUGAGGAAAAGGCAGGAAAAAGGACUCCAUCAGCCUCCUCAAAGAAGAAGUAUGGCAUAGACUCCAAGAAUAUGUCCUACAAACCCGGGGGCGGUCAGGUCAAGAUCUUCGACCAGAAAGUACAGGUCAAGGCCACGUCGAAAGUCAACGCUAGCGCCAAAACUCCACCAGGAUCUAGUACUUCACCUAGAAAGGAAUCUCCGAGACCUAAACCUACCACUCCUAAAGGACCAGCCCCUAACGUGAAGAAUGUGACAUCAAAGAUUGGUUCUCUUCAGAACGCCAGUUAUACCCCAGGAGGGGGGCAAGUGAAGAUUGCCAGUAAAAAGAAAGAUUAUUCCACUGUGACAAGUAAAGUAGGCUCCACAGCAAAUAUGGACCACAGGCCAGGAGGCGGCGAGAAAAAGACUGGUGUGAAAAAGAUAUUAUCGCAGAAAUUGGAUUGGAAGACGAAUUCCAAAAUAGGCUCCUUGGAAAAUGCCAAGCACUCGCCAGGCGGCGGUAAUGUUAAAAUUGUAGAUGAGAAAGUUGAAUGGAAAACUACCUCGAAAAUCGGAUCCCUUGACAAUGCUAGUCAUGUUCCAGGGGGCGGUAAUGUGAAAAUUGAGAGUCACAAAGUGGAAGUAAAGGCCCACUCCAAGGUUGGAUCUACUGAUUACAUGUCCCAUAAACCUGGGGGAGGCCAGAAAAAGAUCGAGACACAAAAAUUAGACUUUAAAGAUAAAGCCAAGCCUAGAGUGGAAUCCAAGACAAACCACAAGCCAGGAGGUGGUGAAAAAAAGAUAGAAACACAAAAAUUAAACUUCAAGGAAGGCGCCAAGUCUCUGACGGAUUCAGGGACCGCAACUCCAAAAGUCCACACAGAAAGCGCGAACUCACAAGAUAGCGCUAACUAAAUUCACCACUUCAUUCUCAUCAAAUCAAUUUUUUUCGAUGUCAAGGUGGCUUAGAAAUCGUGACUGAAUGUGUCCUAAAAAGAUGUUUUACUGGAAUAGACAGAAAAUCUGGAUUUUGAACAAUUCAUGUUCUUUCUGGUAAUUGUGGGCAGGCUUAUGGUAAUUCUAUUGUGAUGCUUCAAGUUUUGCUGAACAAAGGGACAUAAUCCACCUUGAUUUUUAUUUUGGUACUGUUAAUUCAGUGUAUUUCGAACAAAGUACAAUCACAUAUUAAACAUUUCCUGAUUCUUGAAGAUACACUUUUUUAAGGAUUUUUUUUUAAAUUCAGAUGUAGGUAUUUCACAAAUUUUGUAGAGAAGAGGUUGUAAUUUAUUAAAUUCUUUUACUUGUACUUAUAGGAAGAAAUUCAUAGAUAUUAUUCAAAGAAAAGGAAUUUGUACUACUUCAAAAAAAAUUUAAUAAAUUUCAAUCACUCAUAAAAAAGAUAAACUCACAAAAUGAGAUUUUGUAUUGCGGAUACUUAUAAUUAUUUGUUAAUCAUUUAUCAUGCAUGUUCAUUCUUUACUGUACUUUAAUAAUUGUCUUUUAUUUUGUAUAUUUUGAGACCAUUUCUUUUCUCUGCACAAUGUUUAAUGAGCCCACAACUAGAAAACAGGAUUUUUUUUUUUCAUGCCUUAUGUCAGAUGCUGUGUUUUUGAACUAUGUACAUGGAGAAGGUCUUUCGUUUGUUGUUAAGUUUGUGUUUUUUUUUAUUUCAUUGUACUAAGAGAUUUUUAAAAAUUUUGGUUGUACAUUUCCAUUUUGUUUUGUAAUAGAUUUACAUCUGUUUGUCAUUAACUGUUAAGGAAAUUAAGUUUUAGGUUGUAGUAGAUACAGAUUGAAUAAGAUUUUUUUUUAUAUGUUUUGUCCAAGAAAGAUUUUUGCCUAAAACUUCCGUAAUUCUUCCAUGAUGCUUGUGUAAUAAGAUGCUCUUAGUGGAAGCUUUUCAUCAGCACAGAUUAUUUUUCUCCUUUUGAAAUUUUUAGCACUUCUUUUGUACACCAAACACAUCUACUUCUGACAAAAACACAUUUUUACAAAACUUCAAGUACUGCAUUUUACAAGGGAAGGGACAUAACUCUUCAAAAGUAAAGUAGAUUGAAAUACAAUGUAUUUUAAAUGUUAAAACUUUUUUGCAGUGCUAAAUUAAGAAUUAAAUGAAAAUGGUUUGAAUAUUGUCAUAUGAACGUGUACUUCAUUUUAUUAUGAGGAAAAAUACCUCUAGUUUAAAGCACUUCUAUUUAUUGCACAUAGAAUAUUUCCUCAAACAUAAUGAAAAACAUUUGAAUUUUCUAAAUAUAUCACAUUUCCACUUUUCUAGGAUAAAUGUAAGAAUGCAUUAAAAGCUGUCUUUGUAAUUUUUCUAUGUUGGUAAACCAAAUUUAUUGGUACAGUGUAUUAAAUUCAGUCCAUCUGCUAGAAGAAAAGUCACAUGCAGUUUUCUGAUUUAUUAUAUUGCUCUAUAUUCUGAUGUAGGUAGGUUUUAGUUAUAAGCACUUGUAGCUAUAUGUAACAUUGCUUAUAGAUAUGCAUUAAACUGUAAAAACAA